AUGAUGCGGACACUCAUACUGUCCGUGCUCCGACCCUGGUACGGCCAGUACGCGUCGUUUGCGCAAUUCGCGGACCACGCACUCACGGCGGGGCACCCGUGUCGACACAAGGCAGUCACCGCCGCGGCCCAACGCCUUGCUACUGUCGCUGCCACUGUCGCUGCCACGGCCGCUGCCACGGUCGCCCGUCAGCCACCGCAUCCUGCUCGCUGCCAUCCAGUGGCUCGUCCCGAGACCGCUCUCCUGCGCAUCAACGCUGAUGAUGCUAUGCGCAUAUAUGUGUGCCUGUCUUGA